GAUCCUACUUGUACCUGCUUUGCCUUCCAGUCAGCGCUGGAUUAUUUUUUUCUUGUCAAUGACUUUCGUCGUGUCGUUUCAUGUCAAGUCAUUGCAGCGUGGCGUAUGUUUUCCUACACAACACAUACCUCCUGAAACAUUAACAUGGAUUCCUACCAUGUGUUGGCUCCCGUGGGGCAAGGAUCAUUUGGUCGAGUUCAUAAAGGAAUGAAGAAGUUUACAGGCCAGGUGGUGGCUCUGAAGUUCAUGCCGAAGAUGGGGCGCUCAAAUAAAGAGUUGCAAAGUCUAAAGAAGGAAAUUGACAUCAUGACAAACCUUCAGCAUCCAAACAUUGUGAAACUUUUUGACAGCUUUGAAACAGAAACAGAGGUGGUUGUUGUGACCGAGUAUGCUGAGGGUCAGUUGUUUCAGAUCAUUGAGGAUGAUGGCAGUUUACCAGAAAGUCAGGUUCGUGAGAUUGCCUGCCAGCUGGUGUCAGCUCUGUAUUAUUUGCACUCUCGUCGUAUUCUUCAUCGAGACAUGAAACCACAAAAUAUCCUCUUUGAUAAAAAUGGAGUGGUGAAACUGUGUGAUUUUGGGUUUGCGAGGGCGAUGAGUGUGUCUACCAUGGUUCUGACUUCUAUCAAGGGAACACCAUUAUACAUGUCCCCUGAAUUAGUGGCAGAGAUGCCUUACGACCACACUGCAGAUCUCUGGGCACUAGGCUGCAUUCUCUAUGAAAUCCACACAGGGACGCCUCCAUUUUGUGCUGAUUCCAUCUUCCACUUGGGACAGCUUAUUGUAAGACGUCCAAUCAUGUGGCCAGACAAGAUGAGCAGCUCAUGCAUGAGUUUCCUGAAAGGUUUGUUGACCAAGGACCCUCAAAAGCGACUGUCAUGGCCGGACCUCCUGCAUCACCCUUUUGUUGCUGAUGGUGUUCAAGUGAUGCCAGACACGAGCGACAUUUCCAGUCCUCUGACAGUCACGCUUGACCCCGAGAUGCUGGCACUGAAACUGAAACAAAUGGCAGAAAAGACACCAACAGAUUCAGGAGAGCGCAGAAUAUUUCGAAAGAUCAGAGAGCAACGAAACAAAAGCAACAUGAAGAAAGAAAAGAAUGCAAGGUUAUCUGAAAGGAUCCAUGGAGAGGAAGUAGUGCUUAUUAAAGAUACGUCCUUUCCUGUUGGUUUUUUCUCUGCAUAUUCACCUUUGACAUCAGCUCCUCUAAGCUGUGAGCCAAUGAACCACACAGUAGUUACAUCAAGUCACCAAGAGAGAGGUGUGAUCAGCCAGGAUUAUGAACGAGAGUUUCCUUCAGUGGAGGUUGGGCCACGACUUCAGCGAAGGAGAAGCAAAAUGGACACUGAAGUCAGCGAGAACACACUGACCUCCAUAACGGUCGACAGUGAGGUUUUCUUGGAGACGCUUAUUCAAGAAUCAGAUCCAAGCGGAAAACAUAAAGAAGCGUUAAACUACAUCAGCAUUAUAGCUGAACUAAAAUACAGCAUCAUGGCGUUUAAGCAGCAGCUGAGUGAAGGUGAGCAAAAAAACCUACAACCCAUUCGUCAUCCGCUGAAGGUCCUGCAGAACCUGAUUCUGACUUCUGACCUUAACGACAAGAGGAACCAUCUUCACCGUGAACUUGGACUGCCUCAUCUCCUCUUUGAUUUAAUUCAAGACUCUGUGGGAAACUCCCGUUUCAUUCAGCAACCGUGGAGUCUGCAAGCACUUGGGGAAAUGAUUGUUGUUCUACUGAUCUACUGGCAGAAGAACCAUGACUGGUUGAAAGAAGAAAAGAGACCUGAAGAGUUCAUCAAGCCCUUCUUAACGAUCCUUAAUCGAGCAGACCUUAAUCCUUUAGCCCCUCUGGCUGGCUGUGUUUUAUCCCUCUUUACUCGACACAAGGUUGUUGUCAACGUUGAUGUGGACAGGCUCAGCUUCUUGCUGAAAGAACUUGUCUGUGGCUCUCAUCAGCUCCUGCUUUCUCUCCCGCCUGGAUGGGGACUCUGUGAUGGCCUCCUAUCUCUACUUCUGCACACACUCUCUAAGCAGGGAGAAGACUUGGGGUCCUCAUGUUUGGAUCCAUGUACAUUUUAUUAUCUCUGGAAAAGGACUGGCACCUCAUUAGCCUGGACAACGCCAGACACGGACUUUUGUUCCACAAACGGGUUGUACUUUCUCAUGUCUGCCACACUCUUCUUCUUCUGCAAGGAUCCAUACUCAUAUAUAAUUCUGUUUUCUGAGAGCAGGUCAACAUUUGUAUACACUCUCGGCUGGCUGCUGAGCUCUGAAUGUCUUCCUUUGUUUGCUGAAUGCAACCCUGUGAAAUUCAAGGAGGUUUUGAGUCACAAGAGUUUUAUUGAGCUGGGUUGCCAGUUUCUUUGCCUUCCAUUUGCUUUGGACUUGAAUUCACUCAUCAGUUCCAGGAUACUGCAGUUAUAUGACAGCUGUGGAGUUGUUAAAGGGCUCUUGCAGGUGAUUGAAACUCUUCCUCUCUCGUCAGUGGAGGUGCCACUCUCACUACUACGCCGCCUGCUGCUGUGCGAUCGUCAACGUUGUGUUUCCCGCCUCUGUAAAACUUCCUGUGGCUUUUUCUCUACACCAGCAGUCACUACGUCGGGUCAGCAGACUCCGACCAGAACCGCAAGUUCUCUGCUCUCUGAUUUGCUGCUGCUGGACGAACUGGGGGACUCUGCGGUAGAGCUCCUGUCUCUGUUAUACCUCAUCACGCGUUUCUGCCCUCGUCCCGAUCGCUUCAAGCUUCACCUAGAACCCACCGUGUUGCACCGGGCCCUGGCUCACGCUUACGAUCCGAUUAGGGCUGCUGUAUGCAAAGUUUUAGGAAAUGUGUUCCCAUUCCGGUCUUCCACACUGCCCAAUUUACAACCGAACAUUUUUAAAAGCAUGGUAGACCUUCUUGAAGAUGUUAGCGUGCAUGUGCGACGUGCAGCUUGCUUGGCAGUUGGUAAAUGGUUGGGUUAUAUUGCAAUGGAGGCUGGGUUCAGCACCAGUACACAAGAUGGAAAUGUAGGCAACACUAAAAAGCCGUUAAAAGUCAAGGACAAUGAUGCAAACAAAGAUUUAAGCAAUGAAACAGAGGUUGCCAUGGUGACAAGGAAUGGAUCAGAUGAUGGCAAGAUGAGAAAAUGGCUAAAAGAAGCCAGAAUGACGGGGGCCAAACUGGCAUCACUGACCUCUGACCCUGAUGUCCACACUCGUUUCAAUGCCUGUGCAGCUCUGAGAAACCUAGUGCAUGUUCAUGGCACUGUGCCAGAGCUGAUGGAAGAUAAUGUGUCUAGAUUACUUCACAGAGCUGCAAGCACAGAUACCCACAAUGCAGUGAGAGAAGCGGCCAUAAACACUUUAAGCUUGUGCAGUCAGCAGGAUGCCAUUCCACAGGUAGUGAAUUAAACCAACCGGUAGUCGUCUUUGGUCACAAAAGUAAAUGGCUCAGUUUACCUUACGUUCCCUGUUAAGAUACAUCACUUACUACUAGUUCUUUCUGGAUUAUUGUUUACAUUUUAAAGUGAUAUUAUUUGCAUUUGAUGAUCCCUCAAUGCAAGAAAGAAAAUAUUCAGGCUUUUUAUUUCCAUCAUGCACAUUUACUGCACAAGUAUUGUUUGCUGUUAGUUUUUUUUUUAUAAAAAUCAAAAACUUGGCAAUAUAUUCUGUACCGUACCAUAUCUUAAUAAGCCUACAAUUUAUAGUGAACAUCCAUCCAGCCAUCCAUUUUCUAACGCUUAUUCCCUUUGGGGUUGCGGGGGGCGCUGGUGCCUAGCUCAGCUACAAUCGGGCAGAAGGAGGCGUACACCCUGGACAAGUCGCCACCUCACCACAAGGCCAACACAGAUAAACAGACAACAUUCACACUCAACAAUAAAAGCAAUAUGUCCACACUAACACAAUAUAACUUUAAUUGUAACAGAUUAUAUUUUUGAUGCACAGAGGCACAUACUGACACAAUGAAUAUAUGUUAUGUAUUUUGGUGUAUCCAUGAAUUAGCACCUCCAGCUAUAGGAGCCUAUAGUUUGUCAAUGUUUUAAACAAUAUAAGCAAUUCGUCUACACUAGGGGUGUAAAAACAUUUUACAGCAAAGGCCACAUUUGGUAAAAUAAGAUGUGGAGGCCACAUUUAUGUAAAUUUUACAUUAAAGUUGCUAAAACCAAAAUGUACAUAACCUAAAACCAGUGAAAUUGGCAGGUUGUGUAAAUCAUAAAUUAAAAAGAUACAAAGAUUUGCUAAUUCUUUCCAACUUAUAUUCAAUUGAAUACACUGCAAAGACAAGAUACUUAACGUUUGAACUGGUAAACUGUUAUUUUUUGGAAAUAUUAGCUCAUUUGCAAAAACGCUGGUACAAGUGUCAAAAAAGAAUGAGAAAGUUGAGGAACGCUCAUCACCUAUUUGGAAAACGCCAGAGGUGAACAGGCUAAUAGGGAAAAAGUGGGUGCCAUGAUUGUGUAUAAAAGCAGCUUCCAUGAAAUGCUCAAGAGUUUCACAAACAAGGAUGGGGCGAGGGUGUCUUUCAUGGACGCCCCUGCUUAUUUCAGCAAGACAAUGCCAACGCACAUUCGGCACGUGUUAUAACAGUGUGGCUUCUUAGUAAAAGAGUGCGGGUACGAGACUGACCUGCCUGUAGGCUAGACCUGUCUCCCAUUGAAAAUGUGUGCCACAUUAUGAAGUGUAAAAUACGACCACCGAGACCCCGGACUGUUGAACAACUUAAGCUGUGCAUCAAGCAGGAAUGAGAGAAUUCCACCUGAAAAGCUGUAAAAAUUGGUCUCAGUUCCCAAACAUUUACUGAGUGUUGUUACCACCAUGGUAAAAAUGCCCCUGUGCCAACGCUUUUGCAAUGUGUUGCUGCCAUUAAAUUCUAAGUUCAUGAUUAUUUGCCAAAAAGUUUCUCAGUUCGAACAUUAAAUAUCUUGUCUUUGCAGUCUAUUGAAUUGAAUACAAGUUGAAAGGGAUUUGCAAAUCAUUGUAUUCUGUUUUUAUGUAUGAUUUACACAAUGUGCCACCUUCACUGGUUUUGGGUUUUGUAUGUCAAUAUAUGCUGUACAAAACCCCCAUUUUAGCUUUGUGCUAUAGGUGACCAGAAAAUCAGUGUAAUAACUAGGGCUGUCAAAAACGAUGGGUUAACACAUGCGAUUGAUGACAUAAAAUGUGUUAUUAAUCACGUAUAUACACGGAUCACACAAUUUUGUUGCAGUGGCAAUACAAUUGCAUUAUGACUAAGUAUUGGGGUCGUAUAAAAAUUAAAAUGUGCAGAAAAUGGAUGGAUGGAAUCUUAAAGUUGAUUGAAAUUAUGCAAGCGAGUACAAAUAAGGCUUGUAAUAAAUCAUGAUUACGGUAAUCCAAACACAAAAGUGUGAUUAAUAAUUGUAUGGUUUGACAUA